GAGCAAGAGAUGGCAGAGCAACGAUCCAUAAAUCUCUUCUUGGCGGUGGCAAGCGCUUGCUUGCUGGUCAGUCUUGUGGCACCAGUCAAUGGCCAGGUGCAGGCAUCUGGCCCGACGGUUGCGUUGCCUUGUGGUCAGACCGUGACCGGUGUGAAUCAUGGCGACCACGUUUCCUACUUGGGCAUCCCGUACGCAGAGCCACCGGUGUCUCGCUUGCGGUUUCAGCCCGCACAGUUGGUGACGUGCCCCAGCAGCCACCUCAACGCCACCAGCUAUGGCCCGGCGUGUCAUCAGCAACUGCCGACCCUUGACCGCCCCCAGAGCGAGGAUUGCCUCAACCUUGAUGUCCAUGUGCCCAGUGCUCCCAUGACAUCGCAGGACGAAACACGGCCAACUCUGGUGUGGGUCUACGGUGGUAGCAACGUGGAGGGUUCAACCAGCAUGUACAUUGGCAUGCCCAAGCUUGCAGCCGCUGCUGACGCAUGCGUGUUCUCCAUGAACUAUCGCCUUGGCCCGCUCGGUUAUCUUGCCGUCGACGCGCUGGCCCUGGAUGAUGCGCGCGGGGUGGCAGGCAACUAUGGUUUGACGGAUAUCAUUGCCAGCUUGCAAUGGGUCCAGGCCAACGGGGCCGCGUUUGGCUGCUCUACCACCAACGUCACCAUCUACGGUCAAUCGUCUGGUGGCACCAACAUUUUGGCGCUCUUGGCCAACGAUGAGGUGGCCGGGCUCUUUUCCGCCGCCUACGCAUUAUCACCAUCAACUCGCCUUGACUUUACCCAGGCACACAUCCAGGAGCGCCAAACGCCUUAUUUGGCGAGCACGGUGUGUCAAGGCUUGGAGAAGCAACAUCUAGCCAACUGCCUGCGCUACGCGGCCGACGCCAAGGACUUGGUCAAGGCUAUGCCUUCCACAUGGAAUAUGGACCUCAAGAGCCUGGCACCUGGCGCAACACGGGAGAAUAACAACGACUUUGUGCCACUUGUCUACGUCGAUGGUGUCACAAUGAAAACAAGUCUGAAGAAUGCCCUUCAACAAGCGUGGGUUGAUGUGCCGCUGGUAAUCAGCUACACCAGCGACGAAACUUUGCUUCAACCCAUUGAUGAGGUCUUCAGCUGGACCAGCGCGGAUCUCGAACACUUUUUCAAGACAAACUUUAGUCACAUGGGCCCUGAUGUUGGUCAAAAGCUGAUUGGUUUGUACAGUCCUCUUACCAACCCACUCAAGACGUACUAUGAUUUUGCAGCAGAUGUGGGCAUGGUGUGUGGGGUGCAACAAGUCAUGUCCUGGGCCCAUGCUGGAUUUCAAUCACCGAGUGGUCUUAUUGAAUAUGCUAUGCCCCUGUCCCAACCCCUACACCUGAGCUUCAACGAGCCUGGACUGGCGUACCCCUUUCACAUCUGGGACUGGAUUGUCAUGGAGGCAGCCUGGAACUUUUUUGGCCUGACGUACACGCCAUCGGCCGCAGAGCUGGCGGCGCACGAGGUACUUCUGAACAUGGUUUCUGUCUUGGCACAUACCGGACGCUUCACGCUUGCGGAAUUUGGGGACGACGGCACCAUCAACGUGAUUGACAACACGACCACACCCGUGGUCACGGCAACGCCGGCCUACAAGCAGCAAUUGUGCAAUUCACUCACCAGCCUCGGGUUUGAUGACACGUUUUGGUGGAUCAAUUAG